AUGGAAACAGACCCCGGAUUCAUUGCUGCUCUCGAGGAGGCAAAGCAAGGUUACGCCGAGGGCGGAGUUCCUAUCGGAGCGGCCUUGGUCUCCAAGGAUGGAAAAGUCCUUGGCCGGGGACAUAAUAUGCGCGUCCAGAAAGGGAGUGCGGUUUUACAUGCGGAGAUGUCUGCUCUUGAGAACUCAGGUCGUCUUCCCGCUUCGGCUUAUGAAGGUGCUACUAUGUACACAACCCUGUCACCCUGUGAUAUGUGCACGGGCGCCUGCAUUCUCUACAAGGUGAAGCGUGUUGUCAUUGGCGAGAAUAAGAGCUUUAUGGGAGGAGAGGAAUAUCUUAAGAACCGUGGCAAGGAACUGGUGGUUCUGGACAACGAGGAGUGCAAACAGUUGAUGGAGAAAUUCAUGAAGGAGAAGCCGGAGCUUUGGUAA